AAAUUCAUCAACCAAACUCACCAAGAACAAGAACAAGAACAACAAGAACAAGAAAUUCACAACAGCAACAAAGAACACAAGAAACACAAACAAGAAGGAAUCACAAAGAUUGAUAUUGAUCAAAAAGCAAUGGCGUACGAGAAAGUCAACGAGCUUAACCUUAAGGACACAGAGCUAUGUCUUGGAUUACCAGGAAGAACAGAGGAAAUCAAAGAAGAGCAAGAGGUUUCUUGUGUUAAAAGCAACAACAAGCGUCAAUUUGAGGAAACUCGUGAGGAAGAAGAAUCUACACCUCCUACCAAAACUCAAAUCGUUGGUUGGCCACCGGUGAGAUCUUCCCGUAAGAACAACAACAGUGUGAGCUACGUGAAAGUGAGUAUGGACGGAGCUCCUUACCUCCGCAAGAUCGAUCUCAAGACAUACAAAAACUACCCUGAGCUUCUCAAGGCGUUAGAGAGCAUGUUCAAAGUCACGAUAGGUCAAUAUUGUGAGAGAGAAGGAUACAAAGGAUCUGGAUUUGUACCAACAUACGAGGAUAAAGAUGGAGAUUGGAUGUUGGUUGGUGAUGUUCCAUGGGACAUGUUCUCUUCAUCUUGUAAGAGACUCAGAAUCAUGAAGGGUUCCGACGCUCCUGCUCUAGACUCUUCCUUAUGAUCCAGAGAGGAUGAGAAGCUUUUGUUUUAAGGGAGAUGAUGACUAUAAUCGAUGAAUGAAAAACCCUUUUUGGUUUGAUUCUGAUCGAAGUUUGACUAAAGUUGACCACAAGAA